AUGUCCGAAGGAGCCGCUAGUAAAAUAACCCCGACAUCCAAUCCAUUCCCGUUCACGCAUCACAGUUUGUUCGUUCCGCCGCACCAUCCUUUGAAAGUACUCACUUUUCCGCCUCCGCCACCAGGACCCAACGUGGAUCAGUCGCCGUUGUUUCAUCAUCCGCAGUUGCCGCCUCCGCCGGGACUGUUGCACGUGCUCAUGUCGGCGGAAAAAUGUCAGGAAUUAGUUUGGGGUACGAAAAUAUCCCAGCUCGAAUCGUCGGCUUCGGAAUCGAGCAGCGGAUUGAGUAUGUCCAGUCCUGGACUGCCUCUGGCUCAAUUGAGUCCUACUUUACCGCCACCUUUACCUUUGACACCUACUUGGGAAAUGUUACAGGAAACAACCGCUCGAUUGUUGUUCAUGGCGGUGCGAUGGGUUCGGUGCCUGGCACCAUUUCAAACUUUAAGCAAAAACGACCAGCUUUUGUUGCUGCAAGAAUCCUGGAAGGAAUUGUUUCUGUUGCACUUGGCCCAGUGGUCGGUGCCGUGGGACUUGUCGGCCGUUUUGGAUUGUAAUCAGGCCAGGGAACGAUUGCCGAACGACGUUCAUACCGCUACGGAAAUAAAAACUAUACAGGAAAUAAUGUGCAGGUUUCGUCAAAUAUCGCCGGACGGCAGCGAAUGCGGUUGCAUGAAGGCUAUAAUUUUGUUUACUCCUGAAACUUCCGGUCUGUGUGACGUUCAACCAGUCGAAAUGUUGCAAGAUCAAGCCCAAUGCAUCUUGGGAGAUUACGUCCGGAUGCGUUAUCCACGACAACCGACCAGAUUUGGCAGGCUCCUGUUGCUCGUGCCCAGCCUGAGAGCCAUCAGAUCGAUGACUGUCGAAUUGUUGUUUUUCAAGGAAACCAUCGGGGAAAUACCGAUAACUCAGCUACUAGGCGACAUGUAUUAUAUGGAAAAAUGCGCCACUGGAACACAAUAA